CUUUCAGACCCAUCACAGCCAGCACACACAAUAGAGAUUCGCACAUUGGAUGGAUCUGUAGUGGCUACAAGAGAACCAAUAAAGCCUACAAGAUUUCAAUAUGUUUCUGGUCAACCGUCUCAGCCCCAACAGCAUUUAUCAAUAUUUGGCUCCUGAAGUUCUUCACAAAUGGAACCUCCUGCUUUUGUUAGAGUUGAAACAUCAAGUUGCAGUGAAAAUAUCUCUUCUACCCCAUCCGAGCGGCAUUUGGUUCCUGCGAGUACUGCAGUACUGGAGUGCCAUGGACUCAUGACAACGGUCCGCAGCAGCUCUCACACUUCAUCACAAGGAAAUUCUAUCGGUUUUGCCAAUCAAGAAGUAUCAAGCUGCUCUGUAUCGGCUCCUAUUCACCAACGCCAGCAGCAUCUAUCUAGGAUCAUUGCGAGAAAUGAACAUCAUGGUCAGUCAUCGCCAGUCCCCAACAGCUCACAAAGAGGAAUUUCUGAUGGUCCUUCUAAUCAAGAACAACCAAGUGGCUCACGAAGUCAGAUGUCCGCAAGAAAUGGUGAUGGGAGAAACUUAAGCUCUAUACCACAGAAUGUUGGAAGGUCACCUCUUUUAAAUGUAAACCAAAAUGUUGUAAGGACUAGUGGAGUUGAUAGGGUUCCACCUGUUUUAUCAGCUGAUAUACCUGAGCGUGAACUCAGAAGUUCUGCCGUUGAUAUCCUUAACGAUAGACCUAAUUUGUCUGAAGUUGACAUGAGACAUGAAAUGGCAAUUCAUCUUGUGAUUGAAUACCCCAAGAUGCGGAAGCGCCUUAUGAAGAGAACUGAUAUGCCUUGGCACCACUGGUUUAAUGCUGAUACAAACACAGGCUUUCUGGAGAACGCCAACGUAGGAUUACAGAGGAAUGAUAAGAAAAUGACUGGGAGAGGAAUCAGGCGUUCAAAACAAAUUCCUCGGCAACCAAGGAAGCUGGUGGAGAUUCCAUCCAACAGUGUAGACACCCAGGAAGGUGACCCUGAUCCAAUUGAAUUUACCAGAAAUGUGACAAGCCAGGAACUUGGUUGACACACCAGGAGAGAAAACUAUUAUUCUCAAUCUUAUGCACAUGACUUUUGGGAGGAGAGCAAAGAUCGAAUUUAAAGAAUUAACUGCAGCAUUUAUCUUAAAUCAAUAUCCACACUUUAUGUCAUAUGAAGGAGAAUUGGAGUUCAAUCUUAUGAAGCCAUCCCAUUCAGGCCUAUUUGCCAGAAGUUACGGCACAGACUGGGUCCCUAAACUAAUGAAAAUUGCUAGAGAGGCUCCAUGGCUGUGAUUACUUCGGAGGAGAUGAUGUCCUCAACUCAUUACUGGUGCUGCGAAAACUCCUGCCAACACUAAGGGGGACAUACACCCAGGAGGCGCGUCAGCCCAUACAAGGAGAUGUUUCUGGCAUCUUGCGUAAUCCUGCUUGAAUUAAUCACAUUUAACUUCUACCACCCGAUUUGUUAUUCAGUAUUAUUAGAGUUUAAAAAAAAGGGGGAAUUGUUAAAUGAGCAAAGACUGUGAUAAGUCUAACAAAUCUAGAAAGCUGUUAGGCCAUUUCAUUCUACUGUAUGCAGAUGGAGCAAUGUACCUGUAUCAAAAGCGAUAUGUGUCAGUAAUGUAAUUUACUUUGAGAGCUGUUUGAAUUCACUUAUCAAACUCGUUCCUUUACUUGGAUUUCCAUUGAAAGCAGCAAUAAUUCUGUUUUGCUUGAUGCUGGACAGAUAUUUAAGGAUCUUCAUUUUUCUUGCACUGGUUUAUACUAUUUACUGCCUUAUGUCAUCCAACACCUAUGCUGUCCUUGUUAUUUCUCUUUAACUACGUAAGACAGAUCAUCUUGUUAGAAGGAUAUGUAUCUCAAAAUCUCCAGACUUACCAUGUAUAUGCACUUUUUUGUGUACUUUUCAGAUAUUUAUGUAAUAAUGUAGGAAACAAAGGUCUCUGUUGUGAUGCUUUCAUUUCGACUUAUGUAAAGUUAGAUCGUUGAUUGACUGAAAUACUUUAAAUUUACAAUAGACUCUUGUUGUCUUAUG